AAAACGUGCCAAAAUUUUCAACGUCUUCCACGUUUCGCCAACUCCUCAACAAUUUCGCAUCCUUUUGAAAAACCCUUUCGAUUUCUUCUAAGCAAUCAGAAACCAAUUAAUCUCCCUCACUGUUUAUUCUUCAUCUUCUUCUCCGUCAAUGCUCCAUUUUUCCUUGUAAUCAACCCUGUUUCGGCCUCGACUCCAUCUCCAAACCCCCAAACCAAUCGAUUUGGCAUUGGUUUAUAUAUAAUAAUGCCUGCAACAGCAUUUCAUCAAGGUGUUGGUACUCUCCAGUCUCAUGGACGUAUCAGUAACUCUGCUCCUAAUUAUGAAUGUGGAAAUCUUUCAAUGAGGUUGAUACCAAAAGGUUUCAAGGUGGAGAUUGGGAUAUCAAGAAGGGAACCUUCUAGAAAGAGGACCUCCAUUUUAAUGCAAUCAUCUUCUUCCCAGAAAACUGCAUACAAUCCAGUUUCAAGCCCAUUACACAAUGCCUCGAAGGAAUCUCCAAAGAAAUCAAAUGAAGCUGCUUUGAUACUGAUUAGGCAUGGUGAGUCUCUAUGGAAUGAGAAGAACUUGUUCACUGGUUGUGUUGACGUGCCGUUGACGAAGAGGGGUGUGGAAGAAGCGGUGGAAGCUGGUAAGAGAAUAAGCAAUAUACCCAUCGACAUGAUAUAUACAUCUGCACUCAUUCGUGCACAGAUGACCGCUAUGCUUGCCAUGACUCAACAUCGCCGCAAGAAGGUACCAAUUGUCAUGCACAAUGAGAGUGAACAGGCGAACGCCCGGAGUCAAAUCUUUAGUGAAGAAACCAAGAAACAGUGUAUUCCAGUAGUCACAGCUUGGCAACUAAAUGAAAGAAUGUAUGGGGAAUUGCAGGGUCUAAAUAAGCAGGAAACUGCAGACAAAUAUGGAAAAGAACAAGUUCACGAGUGGCGUCGUAGUUUCGAUAUACCUCCGCCAAAUGGCGAGAGUUUGGAAAUGUGUGCUGAAAGAGCCGUUGCAUACUUUAAAGAACAGAUCGAACCACAACUUCGAGCUGGAAAGAACGUGAUGAUCGCAGCACAUGGAAAUUCCUUGAGGUCUAUCAUAAUGUAUCUUGACAAACUAACUUCCCAAGAGGUUAUAAGUUUGGAACUAUCAACCGGGAUACCGAUGCUUUACAUUGUGAAAGAGGAAAAGUAUAUCAGAAGAGGAAGUCCGGCAGCACCAAGCGAGGCUGGUGUUUACGCUUAUACUAAGGAUUUGGCUCGAUACCGGCAAAAGUUGGACGAGAUGGUACAUUGAUAAAAUUACAAGGUUUGAAACUCGUCGAAGAAUCUUUUUAGUUUAAGCCAAAGGAUGUUCAGAUAUGGUGUUUUCAAAGGACCAUGUAUGCAUCUUAUUUCGCAGUUUCAUAGUAGUCAAGAAAGAGAGAAAAAAGCAACUCUACUCUAAUGUUUUACUAUAUAAACUUGGGAUCAGGUGCGAGACCUGUGAGACCACAUAAUAACACU